UAAACCGGGGCGGUGUGGAGUCUUUGCAGCACCCAAGAACAAAUCACCAAGUAUCUUUGAAGCUAUCAACCAAGAUGCCGUUCAGAUGCAUUCUGCCAACGCCACCUUUUUGCUCGGUUACGAUGAUUACGAAGACAGAAAUUGCAGCCGUAACCAUCUACCCAUGACUUGGGUUCACCAGCCUCGGGUAGAGAUUUUACUGUCAUUGAGGACAAAACAUUCUUAAAGAUUAAUCACCACCUUCAAGUCUGUUUUCAGACGCUCUACAACCCAGAUUGUACACCCACAAAGGCUACAAUACGAGUGACGCAAGCAGUAGCGCAAGCUCUGUCCAUCAGGUUCAACCUCUAGGAAUCUGUAUACCUCUGUUCAUCAUGCUGUUUUCCGAUGUUAGGUGGGGUACUCAAAUCGCCACAAUCAUCCUCAUAUGCUUCCAGUGUGUAGCGAUAUGGUCAACGGUUCCGCUUACAAUUCGUAUGUUCGCUACUAUCCGCGAUAAACGAAGCCUCUACUUCCGCGCCACGCUGGCCUCGUCAUGGGGGCUCUCUCUGCGCUCACAGGCCUACCUUAUGGGAUACUACAAUCGCUCGAUCCCAUGGUGGAUCUACGGCACGCUUUCACAAAUUGGCUGGAUACUUAUGGUCUCCGGAUUUGCGCUCGUGCUGUGGAGCCGUCUUGGUCUUUUAUUCGCCAACGAACGGGUGAAGAAGUAUCUGCUCUAUCUUAUCAUAUUCAAUGGCAUCGUAUGGCACACGAUCCUGACUGUGUUCGCGAUGAUUAUGUGGGACCAGCGUGGUCCGAUUUUCGCUGCACGGCCGACUGCCCUUUACAAGAGAGUUCGGGAUGUUAACGAGAUAUUCGAGUAUGUCCAGAUCUGCUUCUUCAACAGUCAGGAAAUUCUCAUCUCCUCAAUCUACAUCUACGCCGCCUACGUUUACUUGCGCGAUUUCUCUCAUCUCGGCUCACCUAGCACUCGCGCCAAGGUCCGCAAGGCCAUCGUUCUGCUUCUGAUUAUUCAGGCGAUCGUGGUAUUCAUCGAUGCGGCAGUCAUCACAAUUGACCUACUCGGCUUAUCGCAAUUGAAGGGGAUGAUCAACUCCUUCAUCUAUUGCGUGAAACUGGAACUCGAGUUCUUGGUUUUGAAUCAGCUAAUUGAGAUUUCGAGGAUGGGUGUACCAGGGUUGCCAUCAAGUUCGCCGCGAAACGGGGGAUUGGAUCUCGAGGUACCUGACAUUGCUGAAGCACCUAUUGCACCCACUGGUCCAUCUGAAAGGACCAGAGGCCGUGGCGAGGGAGAAAACGAGAGGGACGACGCGCAUGCAAGGUUUGGCAAUGGAUUGAAGGAACAGGGAGUUUCAAUCGCGCAGCCAAUCUCGCCGUCCAGCAGUGAAUCUGAUUCGUCGGGGAGAAAAACAGCAUCCUACUCCAUCGUCAGAAGCGAAGGUAGCUGA